AUGCCGGCGACGCCGACGAUCAUCGGCGCCCUCCUGGGGUUGGGCACCCAGAUGUACUCCAACGCCCUCCGCAAGCUCCCCUACAUGCGCCAUCCAUGGGAGCAUGUGUUGGGGAUGGGUCUCGGUGCAGUGUUUGUGAACCAGCUGGUAAAGUUUGACGAGAAGCUCAAGGAGGACCUGGACAAGAUGCUUGAGCGCGCCAGGCUAGCCAACGAGCAACGCUACAUUGAUGAUGAUGAAUAG